GACACAGCAAUUAACGCGCCAAAUCUAACGGUUAAAUAUUGAAUUAGGAAGAUGCGGGUACUGAAAGAAAAUGCUAACAGAAACUCAGACGAGGGGUUGAAAGAGUUUACAAAAGAAGAAAUAGCGUCAUUGUUUCCCGCUACAGAACUGUUGCACAAAAUUCACAACGACCAUGUCUACACUUCGAAAGAUUUCAAACAGAACGAUUCACAUGAAAUAGACGACUCAUCAGAUGAUAACUCUUACCAUGAAGACGAUGUGCCUUCUCUAAACGCCGAUUCUAUUCAACAAGUAUUUCAACGUAUGGUUAACAUGACGUCUUUGGAUGUAAUAAAUGGCCAAACAUAUGAGGAAAACAUACAAAAAACUAAUACAGAUUCACGUGACUUAUCUUCUGCAAAAACAAAAUCAACCAUCAGGAAAGUGAAGUUUGUUGAUGAAUUACCAGGACCGUCUACAGGUAAUAAAACUCAAAAUCAAGACCUUGAUAGUGAAAGUGGAAAGGUGGUUACAGUAGGAUUCAAAGGGGGCGCAGGUGUUUCGAGGAAUAAGAAUGCUACAGCAGAUAGUGAUUUUUUAAGCAACAAAGCUAAGGAUUGUCUAACAGAACUAACCAGGUUUCGUUCAAAAAAGCAGGGAAGAAAACGAAAGGGGAAAAGGACAAAAAAAUGUGAUGAAAUCAAAUCGGUCAGUAAAAAUGAAUGGAAAACGGUAAACCGAUGUGCAGAAGUUGAGAGGGAAUUAAACACGUUGAUACAAUAUACAGCCGAGUUGCUCAUUCGUCGCUGGGGAGAGUAUCUGACGAUGACCACUGAACAGAUUUCUGUAUACGAGAUUGAAAAUGCAAAGCAGCAUAAAAUGAUCGAGGAUGUCAUCGAUAUGUUGGAAGAUAAAGACAGAUAUGUGUGGCAACUUAUUGAUGAUCUUAGAUUUUUUUGAAGUAAAAAAAGACCGACAUCUCAUCAUGCGCAUAAAUUCCAGCAUUCGACUAGAGCUCCAUUUUUAGGCAUAUUUUGCCUUGUCUUUUCAGGAUAACAUAUUCAAUUUCAAUUGUAGAUUAUAUGAAGAUUUUUUUUUAUGAGAUUUUAAAAUCUUACCAAUAUAUUCAAAUAUCGAGCUCAUAUCGAUUAUUGAUUGAUAGCUUUACACCAUCUAUUUUAUUUAUAUCAUCUGAUUAGUUGUCCGCAAUAUGUACAGUGAAAAUCCAUUUUACAAAGUUUGACAUAAUUGUACCUUUUGAAAAAGCUAAAAUUUUGAAAAGGGGCUCAACCAAGAAUUGACAUAAUAUUCAUUUUGUGAUUGGUUCAUAUCUUAAUGGUGAACAAGUACAUGUAAAUAUAUCUCGGUUAAUACAUGUGUGAUAAUUUUCA